UUCAACUCCCAAUCUCUCCUGUCAUCCCUCCGUCACCAUGAUCUCUCCAGCAGAAGCCAUCAUCGCCAUGUUUGGCGGGGUGGUUGCAUUGAAUAUACACCUCAUAAUAUCGAACUUUACUUCAGUCCCUCGGACUCUUAUUUACCAUUCUCUUGACUCGACGUAUAUCCUAGCUCUACAGGUGAUGGUCGCGGUUUCUAUUGUCCGGAUGUAAUGCAUCAUCCUGGAUCAGCCAUUCCAGCUCCGAUCGAGGAAGAUCAAAGCCCUUCUCUUUAUUUACGCUCCUUUCCCAAUGCCGCAUCUGGUUGAUGUGGGUAAAUACCAGGGUCCUUCCGAAGGUGUGUGGACGUUGGUGCUAAAAGAUAGAACGCACGGAUGUCGGCCAUAUAACAGCUAUAACGUCCAAGUCUCUCGAUGGCUGGGACUGG